CGCCUGCGCCGCCCGCAGCCGAGCCGCGCAGCGCUGCCCCGGCUGCGCCCGCCCGCCCGCCCGCCAUGGUGUCAUGGAUCAUCUCCAGGCUGGUGGUGCUUAUAUUUGGCACCCUUUACCCUGCGUAUUAUUCCUACAAGGCUGUGAAAUCGAAGGACAUUAAAGAAUACGUCAAAUGGAUGAUGUACUGGAUUAUAUUUGCACUUUUCACCACAGCAGAGACAUUCACUGACAUUUUCCUUUGUUGGUUUCCAUUCUAUUAUGAACUAAAAAUAGCAUUUGUAGCCUGGCUGCUAUCUCCCUACACAAAAGGCUCCAGCCUCCUAUACAGGAAGUUUGUACAUCCCACGCUGUCUUCAAAAGAAAAGGAAAUUGAUGAUUGCCUGGUCCAAGCAAAAGACCGAAGUUACGAUGCCCUUGUGCACUUUGGGAAGCGGGGCUUGAAUGUGGCAGCCACGGCAGCAGUGAUGGCCGCUUCCAAGGGACAGGGUGCCUUAUCGGAGAGACUCCGGAGCUUCAGCAUGCAGGACCUCACCACCAUCAGGGGUGAUGGUGCCCCUGCUCCCUCCAGCCCCCCCCCACCGGGGUCUGGGCGAGCCAGCAGCAAACACGGCCAGCCCAAGAUGUCCAGGAGCGCUUCUGAGAGCGCUGGCAGCUCAGUGUGUACCUGCUGCUCCACCUGCAGGACCCGGAAAGUGGUUGAGGGAGAUGUGAAUGAGGGUGGUGUGAAGGCUUGGGAGCCCCACCAGCUCCAAAACCCAUUGGCAUUUUCGGACGAGGAAGAGGAAGAUCUGCUGGAUUUCAUGUACAAGUAUAAGGCGCCUCGAAAGACGGAGUUCUCCCUGGAGGCACCGCCUAGAGUUCUUCGAUCCCACUUUAGGAAGAAAAGUACCUCAUCCUCAGCCACUGAAACCACGUGAGUGAGAUGAGCCAACAGCACCGGACCCACAGAAUGUUUCUUCUCUGCCUUAAAGAGCUAGUCACUAAUAACACAGAAAUCCGCAAGCUGGUGUGCUUUGAGUGUGCAGCCUCACAGACACAGCCUUUACUCUCUCCCCUCGUACACUUUUAAGACUUUUAUUUUCCUUUUCUUUAUGUUGCUGGGGAGAAGUUAAAGGGAAAGGUAGUGAGGGGGGUGACCUUUAAGUCUUCUGAGGGUAGUAAUUUUCCAUAAUUGGAUUGUCAGCAGUGUGUUUUUAGAAAUAUAAGAGAUCACCCUCACACUGCUGAGAUGUACAUUUGUAAUUUAUUUGUUGCAUACUUCGUUUUUAGUCCUGUAAAUGCAAACAGAGCAAUUUUUUUAAACUUUUUUUUGUUCUUGGUACUAAUACUUUGGACUACGAUGUACAUAUUUAUGGCUUUUGGCUUAAUCUGAUGGACUCGCAAGGGCUGCCAGAGGUUCUGAUAUGUAAGAAAACUACAAGAUAUGUAAAAAAUUAUUUUGAUUCUAGAGAAUGUCUCAGAUGUGCUUCUAAAGCUUCUAAAUACAACUCCAGUAGAACAUCCCUUUUCCUGCAGGACGAUGGUCCAUCUUUUUCAGACAGAUGAUUAGUCAAAACACCAGAGGUGCUUAGCAUGAAGAGACAAUAUUGUAAUGACAGAGAUGAGUGCAGUGAGGCCAGGGGAGCAGCCCAGAAUAAGAGAAAUCACAAGAAGCUUGUCUCCCCCGGGAUUCUGGAUUAAGAGCUUCUGAAUCUUUUCAAGGGAUUUACCAAAGCCUUAGGCAGGUGGCUUACCCUUGGUAAAACUUCCUGGGGAUGUGAACUCACAGGCCUGUUGAGAGGAAUCAUUUUGAGUGUUCCAAAAGUGCUGGACAAAUGACUGUUUCUGCUUUAUAGUAACCGGUUCCGUGACUUAUUUCCCCAGGUAGAGGAGCCUAUAAUCUGAGCACCUUGAUUUAAGAGAACACUAAGCAAAAGCCAACCAGGCAAUCCAAACCAAACCAAACCAAACCUAAAACUGUGUUUCAGAUAUGCCAUCAAAUACAUCUGAGACACCUGUCAAAAUGCUGGGUUCUAGAAAGGUUUCAGAGGUUGAGAUCUUUACGGACUGACUUGCUGCCCACCACCCUGGGCAGCCAGGGCUCACACUCUUCUGUUUCCUUCCUGGCUUGCUCAGAAUGUGAGCGAGAAGUCGCACACUCAUGGGCACUCUGUGUCUUACUGGACGUCUUAUGCAAGCCAGGAUCCCUUAGUAGAAUAGAGCACUAGCUGAGGGGACUCUCUACUUAGACUGAGAACUUUAUCUGAAAAGAAGAAUCUGGUUUAGAUAGCAUUUUGGCCCGAGGUAGCUCCCCACCCCUCCCGGGAGAGCGGAGCCUAAAUGUAGGACUUGUGUAUUUGUGCUUAGAGUUGGUGUUUUCUUUCAGUGUAAUGCAUGCAGUGGUCACAACCCAGUUACUUAUAAUACUUGGAUUGUGUUUGUUCAUAGAUAUGCCCUGGAGACUAGAGAAUUAGUGUUAUGUACCACAUAGAACUUACUGUCAACCAGCUAUAAACAGGCCCGGUUCAAGACUGUUGCGUUACUGAGCUCUGCGAACACACAUCAGUAGUCUCGGCUGAUGACACACUGGCUGAAUCUUAGCCACCUGAGAAAGGGUUUUACCUGAAGUUGAUUGUUGCCAGAUAUGCAUAUUUAAAUCCCUUCUUCCCACAAUUCCGUUGAAAGGUGACUUUGUAAUUUACAAUAGGAUUUAGGAAAACAAACCUAAAAGCCAAUUUGUGGUUCAGAGGGCUCUUCAUUGUCUGUGCCCCACACCCACCAAUACCUAGACUCUUUAGGGGGGACAGAACAUCUGUUUCUUUAAGCUCACUGAAUAGUUUCAGAGGAAAAAAUAUAUGCUUUAAAUGUAUUUACCUGUUAGUUGGGAGUACCCAGAAUUAUCAGAAACAGCUUCACUUAAGCAGCUUUUUAGCAAAUUUUUUUUUGCCAGAAUAAUAAAUGCCUUUAGCAGCAGAGAUCCUUCAUGAACAAACUAUAUUUUCACCAUUUUACAACGUAAAGUUUUAACAAGUACAAGCUACCAAGUUUGCACUCAACUAUGCCAAAAACACGUUGGAAGCACUCUACUGUCAGACACGCUGUAUUACUUCUCAUUCAAGAUUUAAAAAAUAUAAAGGUAUCCAAACUGCUGUCUUAAUGCAAAUGUAACUAUUUUUCCUUCAAGUAUUGAUUAGGGAGUUGGUUUCUCUCUUAAAAACACUCACUGUACAAAUGAGAGCAGCUUUCAUAUUUCUGGCAAAAUGUGUUUACUUAUCCAACGAGCUGUAUAUUUGUGUAUGGACUGACAUAAAAUGUGAAUGCCUACAAGUGUACAUGUGGCGGUGUGCUGUUCUGUCUAGAGGAUAUAACUGAACAUUUUUAAUUUGCUGAUUUAUAGACACAGGCUGUUUACAAAAUGCUAGCUUGAAAGUCUGUAAUUUUCAUGUAAUAACUCUUUUUUGCCAUCCGGCGACUGUUCCGUUUCUGAGAUGAGUUGGGGUGGUGUACUUAGACCCCGGAGAGCUUCGUCAUAAUCCCUCCUGGCUUUGUGUGAAUAGCUUGCUCGCUCCCCUGGCCUCUGAAAUGUAUGUUCUCUACAGUAAACUGUCUGUGUGUUUGUGAUAACAGUGCUCAUCUACCAUGAUCACAGCUGAGUAUCUCCCUAGUCCUCACCGUGCACAGUAUUUGACAUGGCAAAAGGACGUGCUUCCUUCUCCAACAGUACACACUACGAGAGCUGACCUUCUGGAUGCUGACUGUGCAGUUUCCCUAGUUUAUUCCUGUAGUCCCUAUAGAAUGAUCUGUAAUAAAAUAGUAUACUGGACUGUGCAUCAAAGGGGUGUAAAAUUACAGUAUUCCAAAGGUUGAAGUUCUGCUGUUUUGUUAUAAUGCCUGAUAUAUAUCUUGAAUAAAGUCUUAACAUUUUUCUUUUAAAAAACAUCUUUGUAAUGUUGAGCUUAUGAGGAAAGGGAAAACACUUUAAAAAAAUGUGGAAGGUAGCAAGGAUGAGAAGCUGAGUGGUCAGUCACUAACUGGCCUGGUGCUGUGGCCCCAUGCCUCUGGUCUAGAAUUGAUGCGGGGUGGGGCGGGGGC